GAUUUUUUGGCAUUUCGAAAAUUGACUGCGAUCGAGACGGUUGGCCACUGGGCUUGUGCUUGUGCUUCGUGUUUAUUGUUGUGCAACUGGUUUGCUAAUAAAAUUGUGAAUUUUUAAUAUUUGGCUUUUGCGUUGUUCAAUUUCGGUGCGAGUUCUGCUUAAACGUUUUCUACGACUUUCUUCAGUGCUAUAAGUGAAUAGAGCAAAGAGAUUCUUCAAAAUGGGCUGCACAUCCGGCGUAAUGAAAUGCCUGCUGAAUAUAAUGAACGUGCUGAUGGCGAUCUUCGGCUUGCUGUUGAUCGCUUUGGGCGCACUGAGCUUCAACACCGCACCCAAAGUCUACGUCUAUUAUCUAUUUAUCGUGGGUGGCAUUAAUUUCAUUGCUGCAAUGUUGGGUUGCUGCGGCAUUUGCCAGGAGGAUGUUUGUCUCACGACCACGUAUGCCAUUGUCAUUGCGCUCUCUUUGGCCUCCCAAAUUGUUGGCAAAAUCUACGCUUCCGAUUCGACGGCAAUCAAGCAAUUCGCCACCAAGGAUGUGGAAAAGACGUGGUUGGAGGAGAUCAAAAUGCCAGGAGCCAUGAAUAAUACACAACAAACGUAUCACUGCUGCGGCAAAGUCGGCCCCAACGAUUACUACUCUAUUGGACGUGCCGCUUACCCCGCCAGUUGCUAUCCCAAAAUGAUCGUAAAUCAAACUGCGCUGUGGGAUGUCGGUUGUGUGCAGGCGGCCGAAGAUGAAUUCCUCAGCAUUUUCAAUUACUCGUCGAGCGGUGAAUGGGGAAAUCUGAUAGUCACGGGUGUGAUGCUGCUGUUCGCUAUUUAUCUGGUCAUACGCUUCCGCAGCAAGCAGCGUCGGUACGAUUACUAAGCGUCUGGGCGUGUGUGUAACAUAUAAUUUCUAUGUUUACUAAAAUCUAAUUGAAGCAGAAAUACUUAUAUUUUGGCACCCAAGCUUUGCGCUACACAUUGGCGAUGUGUGUGUUUAUUACAAAAACAAAAGAAACAACUGAGCUUUAAAUCUCAUAAUUUUGUAUAAUUUUUAUAUUUGUUGUAUUUGUAGAAGGCAUUUAUGAUUUUUUUUCGCCUAUUGCAAUGUAUUUAUUUUCUCAUAACUGUAUAUCAAUGUACGAGUGUAUGUGUACUUUUUCAUUGUAAAAAUUGUAAUAAAUAAAAAAAAAAAUAAAUCUGUUGUUGAAUACUAAACUUAAAAUAA